GUGUAAGCCCAGGGUUCGAAGCACGUGUCGAAGCUUCGGUUUCACGCGCUCAUCCUUCUGAUUCACUACCAAGCAUCGGCUCUGAGAGGCGGCUCUUUUGCGAACAACACAUCGCUGCACUACAGUGCGCCUGCCUACAUCUUCAAAAGGAGCUCACGAGGUUAACAAUGACACCAGACUAAGCCGCUGGAAAGCUUUGACAGUGUCAUCGAGUGGAAUGGAGCAAAGGUCAAUGUUUUCUCUUACAUGCCGACGGCAGCAUGUAGCUUUUUAACCACAGCAGCAGAUGAUUCAUUCUCACCAGUUCAGCCCUCUCUGACACGGAGAGGCAGAAGAGCUCAGGUUUUUUUUUAUUUCUUUACAUUUUCUUCAUACAUUCCAGGUAGAAAGUCGGUGGCUUUUCCUAACAAAACAAAUCCUCACAUGGUGAUUUGACACAGUGGAAAACAGAAAAGUGCACUCAUCAUCAGAGUGGCUCAGACCAGCUGAUACGAUGGCAGCAGGGGACACAGAAGGAAGUGGGGACAGAUCAGAAGAGGAGAAAGAAAUGGAUCAGAAAGCAUGUGAAUACUUUGAACAACAGGAAGACGGAGACGUAGCGAUGGCCGCCUCUGCUGUGGAGGCUCAGUCUCCCCCUGGAGAGGAGAAAGCCAGGGAUCCCAGAAAGUGGAAGUGGUCUGUGAUAUUUUUGUGUUUCUAUGGGUUUAUGGUAUCCAUAAAGCCCGGGGAGCCCUUCAUCACACCAUACCUGCUCAGCCCUGAGAAGAACUUCACCAGAGAGCAGGUGACCAAUGAGAUCACUCCAGUGCUGACGUAUUCCUACAUGGCUGUGCUGGUGCCGGCCUUCCUGCUAACGGAUCUCCUGCGUUACAAGCCGGUCCUGAUUCUUCAGGGCAUCAGUCAGGUGGUCAUCUGGGUCAUUCUGCUCCUUGGAAGCACGCUGCUUCAGAUGCAGUUCAUGGAGUUCUUCUACGGCAUCACCAUGGCCUGCCGUGUGGCCUACUCCUCCUACAUCUUCUCCUUAGUCAACCCGGUCCUCUAUCAGCGUGUGGCAGGCUACUCACGCUCCUCAGUCCUCUUGGGGGUUUUCACCAGCUCAGUCCUGGGUCAGCUGUGCUUGUCUCUGGGAAACAUCUCCUUCUACACCCUCAACGGUAUCUCUCUGGGGUUUGUCAGUUUUGGUUUGCUGCUCUCACUGUGCCUGCCCUGGCCUAAACGUUCCUUGUUUUUCAACCGGGCGACUCAGGCGCAAAGGGAACUGGUAGCAGCAGCCACCAAACCUGAACUGGAUAAAAUGAACCCAGAAGAUGGAGGGCCAUCCUCUGCUGCCCCUCCACGCCCUGCGUCAACCUGGAAGGAUUCUGUGUUUGUACAGAUGCUGCUGGAGGUGAGAAACGUGCUGAAGAGGCCCAACCUGAGGCUCUGGUCCCUGUGGUGGGUGUUCAACUCGACAGGGUAUUACCUGGUGCUUUUCUACGUCCACAUCCUGUGGAACAAAGUCUACCCUGCCACUGAGAACAAGAAAGUUUACAACGGGGGAGUGGAAGCAGCCUCUACAUUGCUCAGUGCUAUAACUGCCUUUGCGGCGGGCUUUGUCAAAAUUCGGUGGCACAUCUGGUCAGAGCUGGUCAUCGGUGUCAUCACAGCAGUGCAGGCGGGUCUGCUGCUCCUCAUGGGCACCACAGAGAACAUCUGGGUCUGCUACAUUGCCUACGUCCUCUUCAGAGGCUUCUAUCAGUUCCUGGUGCCUGUUGCCACUUUCCAGAUUGCCUCGUCACUCACCAAGGAGCUCUGUGCUCUUGUGUUUGGGAUCAACACCUUCUUUGGGACGGUACUGAAGAGCAUCAUCAACCUGAUCUUUUCUGACAAGAGGGGCCUGGCUUUGGACGUGCACUCUCAGGGUCAACUUCUGGCCUCAACUAUAUUCUGAUGUGAGACAAAGAUUGAGCUAGGAGGAGCUUUCAAACCUAAGAACACUGUACACACCACCAAGCAUGGUGGUGGUAGCAUCAUGCUCUGGGGCUGUUUUGCUGCCAGUGGUGCUGGUACAUUGCAUCAAGUGAAUAUAAUAAUGAAGGAGGAGGACUACCUCCAAAUUCUUCAACUUCACCUCAAACCAACAACUAGACUGUUGAAACCUGGACACUUGGUUUGGAGUUCCAGUAGGACAAUGAACCAAAACGCACAUCAAAACUGGUUUUGGAAUGGAUAAAGCAGGAUAACAUGGAGCAAGAAUUAUGGCAGAAGCUUGUUUAUUUAAAAUGAAAAGGAUGUGGUCGAGGUUCAACUUGCUAAAAAACAUUUAACUAAAUAUUAAUGGGGGUGUUAUGUAUAUAUUUGAGCCUGUAUGUAUACCUUUGACCUUGUGUGGAUCAGAAAAAAAUUCAAAAUAAAUUCAAACUUGU